ACUAAGUCAAUCCAUCUUCUUUUCAUAUACUCGCAUUCAAAUUCUCUACCUUCCUUCUAAGUUUAUUUCUUUCCGACCACAAUAAUGUAAUAUACCAGUUAUCUUCUGAUCUCUCUGACUCAAUAUCUUCCAUUAGUUCAUGAUUCCAGAUGCACCAAAACUCUAGUGGCAUGUAUAGUUCCGUUGAAUUCUUUAACUUAUGCAUAUUCUUUUUCAUCCUUCUGGUAGAAAAGUCCUCUGCUGCUCAUUUCCAGUAUGAAGCAUGUGUUCCAAAAGCUUGUGGAAAUCUCAGCAUAAAGUUUCCAUUCUACAUUGGAGGUCUGCAAGAAUCCUAUUGUGGCCACCCUGGAUUUGAACUCAGUUGCAGCAACUCUCCAGCGAUUCAUUUAACCGAAGAUGACUAUGUGAUUGAUAACAUUCAGUAUGAGAAUCGAACUUUUCGGGUACACAACGAGGCAGUUUCAACUGUCCGAGGUUGUCUACCACAGAUUGGAAAUAUAUCAGAAGACUCUCUGCUCGGUAUAGUUGAUACUUCAAGACUUCAUUUGCUAUCAAACUGCAAUAGCAAACUGCCUGAGGUACUUUCCAGCUACAAAGUUAAUUAUUGUGAUCCUUCUAAUAAAGAGGAUUUGGGUCUUGUAAUGUUAGGAGAGGAUAGAAACUUGAACAUUGCACUCCAAGAAUGUAACACAAAUGUCUUGGCACCUGUGGAAGUUGAUAAAAAUGGAGGAAACGGGAUUGUAGACUAUGAAGGGCUGUUGAGAAAGGGAUUUCUGUUGAACUGGACAGUAGCUGACUGCAGCAGAUGUGAGCGAAGUGGUGGUCGUUGUGGCUUUAAUGAAACCGAUGGUCGCAUGCGGUGUUUUUGCCCUGAUAGGCCUCAUUUGGAGAGUUGUAAACCUCGAAAGAAGAACUUGAAAGUCAUUCUGCCCAUAGUUUUACCUAUUAGUGCAUCCAUAGUUAUAGUCCUGGCGCUCCUUUUUAUUCGGCACCGCAAGAACAAGAUGAAUUUCGCCUCGUACUUCCUCUCAAGAAACACUUCAGAACCCUCCUCAAAUCUGGACCUUGAAGGUGGCAGCGUUUACUUUGGAGUGCCCGUCUUCUCCUACUCUGAACUUGAAGAAGCUACUAAUAGUUUUGAUGCCUCUAAAGAACUUGGAGACGGAGGUUUUGGAACUGUAUACUUUGGCAAGCUUCGCGAUGGAAGAGAAGUAGCAGUUAAGCGUCUUUAUGAGCACAACUUCAAGCGAAUGGAGCAAUUCAUGAAUGAAAUUCAAAUUCUAACCCGUCUGAGGCACCGGAAUCUUGUUACUCUAUAUGGCUGCACUUCUAGACGUUGUCGUGAACUCCUCCUUGUUUAUGAGUACAUUCCUAAUGGCACAGUUGCCGAUCAUCUCCAUGGUGAUAGAGCCAAGGAUAAGCACCUCACCUGGCAACACAGGAUGAAUGUUGCCAUUGAAACUGCUGAUGCGUUGGCCUAUCUCCACAAUUCAGAUAUUAUUCACCGUGAUGUAAAGACUAAUAACAUACUCCUUGAUCAUAACUUCUGUGUCAAAGUUGCAGAUUUUGGACUUUCCAGGCUGUUCCCAAAUGAUGUCAGUCAUAUCUCAACUGCUCCACAGGGGACUCCUGGGUACGUGGAUCCAGAGUAUCAUCAAUGCUACCAGCUUACCGAUAAAAGUGAUGUUUAUAGCUUUGGUGUCGUCCUCAUUGAGCUCAUAUCAUCAAUGCCAGCAGUCGACAUAAGCAGGCACAGGCAUGAGAUCAAUCUAGCUAACUUGGCAAUAAACAGGAUUCAAAAAUGUGCGUUUGAUGAGUUGAUUGAUCCAUCUCUUGAAUACAAAUCAGAUACCGAGGUUUGGAGGAUGACAACUUCAGUAGCAGAGUUAGCUUUCAGGUGUUUGCAGCUUGAGAAGGACAUGAGGCCGAAAAUGGAGGAGGUCGUGGAGACCUUGAAGGAGAUAAAGAAUUGCAAAGAUACUUCAAUUGAUAAGACAGAUGAGACUGAUGAAAAGGCUGUUGAGUCUAGAAAAGCAACAGUCGCUUCGCCAGAAUCAGAAGACAUUGUAUUGUUGAAGAAUGUAAAAUGUCCAUCUUCGCCGAAUUCCGUGGCUGAUGUAUGGGCUAGUAGCUCCUCUACUACUAGUGCUAGUAGAUGAGAUCCUUGCUCACUUUUCCUAGAACUUAAGUACACAUCAAUACACCCAUUUUCUGUGCUGCAAAUGAGCGAAUCAUAACACACACACACACUCUCUCUCUCUCUCUCUCGGCAUUUUGUAUUUGAUCCGCCGUCCCUUCUUUUCCAAACAUGUAUGAGAAAGUGAAAGAGCUAUAAGUGCAUACCAAUGUACAUAAAGAAAUGCAGCUGUCUUUUGAACUUUGAUUUCAUCUCAUGGAAUUUUCUGAAAUAAA